CCUUCUUCUAGUGACAGCUUCUAGCCCCGACACGCUAAAGGAAACAUCACUGCUGCAGACGACUGACUGAGGGAGACUCGGUCACUGCGGUUGCCGGUGCUUUGUGUUUGAGCGGAUUCCAGCACGGCAGACAGCUCUGCGCGCCGAUUGUGAUACCCGGAAGCGCCGAACCAGCACCGUCUGACUACAGAAGACGUGGCAUGCCACUGCGGUGAGAGCAGUCUAGUGCCGUCUUCCUGAGGAUAGCAACUGCGUUCUCCCUUACUGCUGUGAUAUCCAAACUCCAUCAUGUGGCGGUCGUCUUUGGCAACGGGCAGAAAUGCCCUGCCUGUGUUACGGCCAUCUGCCCGCGGUCUGCUACGAAGGCCUGCUCCUAGAGCUCCAUGGCCCUCCUUGAUAAGGAGAGAUGCUUCUACGGUGACGGAUAUCAACAGUUUUCCUGCCGUGGGUGAGAAGCUCCAUGGUUUUACCGUCAAGGACAAGAAGCAUGUGUCCGAGCUGCAUCUUACAGCCGUCCUCUUGAAACAUGACAGAACCGACGCCGAUUAUCUGCACGUGGCAAGGGACGACAAGAACAAUGUUUUUGGGAUCGGAUUCAAGACAAACCCCCCAGAUGCGACCGGGGUACCUCAUAUUCUGGAACAUACCACGUUAUGUGGCAGCGAGAAGUAUCCUGUUCGCGAUCCUUUCUUUAAGAUGCUCCCUCGAUCACUUUCGAAUUUUAUGAAUGCAUUCACUUCUUCAGACCAUACUACUUAUCCAUUUGCCACCACGAAUAAACAAGAUUUCCAGAAUCUCUUGUCUGUCUACCUUGAUGCGACCUUACAUCCUCUGCUGAAGGAGGAGGAUUUCAGACAGGAAGGAUGGCGUCUUGGACCGGAGGACCCGAGAGCUUUCGAAAAGCAGGAUGAUAAGACAUCAGAGAGCAAGCGACUGGAAGACAUCGUCUUCAAGGGUGUGGUUUACAAUGAAAUGAAGGGCCAGAUGUCGGACGCCAACUACCUAUACUACAUCAGAUUCAAGGAGAGCAUCUUCCCUGCGAUAAACAACUCCGGAGGCGAUCCUCAGUUCAUCACUGAUCUUACACACAAGCAGUUGGUUGAUUUUUCAAAACGAAACUACCACCCGUCAAACGCGAAGAUUGUCACUUAUGGAGAUAUGUCUCUGAGUGAUCAUCUGAAGCAGAUAGGUAGCGUGCUUGAUGGCUUUGACAGAGGCCAGCCAGAUAAAGAGAUCAAAUUGCCUAUUGAUCUUAGCCGCGGCCCUCUGAACGUGACAGUUCCAGGACCUAUUGACUCCUUCACCAGUGAAGACAAGCAACACAAGACUUCCACUUCGUGGCUCAUGGGAGAUUCGACAGAUGUUGUUCAGACGUUUUCUCUCGGGAUUUUGUCGUCAUUGCUCCUCGAUGGAUAUGGCUCGCCGCUGUAUAGAGCGCUGAUUGAGAGCGAACUGGGCUCCCAAUUCACGCCUAACACCGGUCUCGAUGCCUCCGGAAAGAUUCCGAUCUUCUCCGUUGGCGUUAGCGGGGUAGAGGAGAAAAACGUUCCUCUGGUAAAAGAGACCAUACAGAACGUGUUCCAGGAAUGCCUGGCCACUGGGUUUAGCGAUGAAAAGGUUCAAGGAUUCCUGCACCAGCUAGAGCUUGCUUUGAGGCACAAGACUGCCAACUUCGGGCUUGGUAUUAUGGAGAAGACUAUUUCUUCAUGGUUCAAUGGCACUGACCCGAUGAAGGAACUCGCCUGGAAUGACGUUAUUGAGGAGUUCAAGAGGAGAUACGCGGAGGGCGGCUACCUUGAGUCCUUGGUACAGAAGUAUCUAAUUACCGACAAAUCCCUCACAUUUACUAUGGUUGGCUCGCCAACCUUCAACCAGGAACUCGAUGAGAACGAAUCGACUCGGAGGAGUGCGAAGCUGUCUGAGUUGACGGAGAAGUUAGGCUCUGUCGAAAAGACUAUCGCCAAGCUGGAGGAGGAGGAACUGGAACUUCUCAAGGUCCAAGAAAAUGCUCAGCACGCGGAUCUCAGUUGCCUUCCGUCUCUCACCGUCAAGGAUAUCUCCCGGGAGAAAGAACGCAAACCUGUCAGGGAGUCGAAGGUCGAUGAGGUGGAUGUGGUUUGGCGCGAAGCUCCCACCAAUGGACUGACUUACUUCCAAGCUCUCAAUGCAUUUGAGGGCCUUCCUGAUGAUCUCCGUCUAUUGCUGCCGCUGUUCAAUGACUGCAUCAUGCGUUUGGGCACUCCUAACAGGACUAUGGAACAGUGGGAAGAUCUGAUCAAGCUCAAAACUGGCGGUGUCAGCACCUCAUCCUUCCUAGUGUCAUCUCCUACCGAAGUAGGGAAAUUCAGUGAGGGUCUGCAAUUCUCCGGGUUUGCAUUGGAUAAGAAUGUUCCCACGAUGUUGGACAUCCUAUCUACUCUCAUCACCGAAACGGACUUUGGUAGCCCGGAAGCUCCCAGGAUGAUCCAAGAGCUUCUGCGAUCAACGACAAAUGGGGCGCUUGACGCAGUUGCAGGAACCGGCCACCGAUAUGCUGUCAAUGCUGCUGCUGCGGCACUCUCCCGGGCGUUCUGGGUUCAGGAGCAGUACUCUGGCCUCGCUCAAUUGCAGGCUACCGCCAACUUGCUUCGAGAUGCGGAGACAUCAUCUGAUCAUCUCAAUGAGCUAAUUGGAAAAUUGCGUCAGAUACAGUCGUUCGCGAUCUCAAGAUCGCCGAGAUUCCGUGUGCGUAUGGUUUGUGAGCCAGGUAGCGCUGCAGAGAACGAGUCCACUCUGCAAAAGUGGCUCUCUGGCCUGCCAAGCACGCUUAAUCCUUCUGCUCCUCUAAGCGGACCUGAAUCUCCUUCUCAUUCGCCUAUGGUUCUUUAUGACAUGCCUUACAAGGUCUACUACUCGGGCGUGGCCCUGCAGACCGUUCCUUUUGUGGAUCCGACGAGCGCGUCACUCAGCGUCCUUGGUCAGCUUCUUACGCACAACUAUCUUCACCCUGAGAUUCGUGAGAAGGGAGGCGCCUAUGGAGCUGGUGCCAGCAACGGUCCAAUCAAGGGUAUAUUUACGCUUUCCAGUUACCGAGACCCAAAUCCUCUGAAUUCGCUGAAUGUCUUCAAGAACACCGGCAUUUUCGCCCGGGAUCGGACUUGGACCCAACGGGAGCUUGACGAGGCUAAACUGGGAAUUUUCCAAGGACUCGAUGCACCGAUGAGUGUUGACGAAGAAGGUAUGCGCUAUUUCAUGAGUGGUGUCACCCAUGAGAUGGACCAACGAUGGAGGGAGCAAGUCCUCGACGUCACUGCUGAAGACGUCAAUCGGGCGGCCCAGAGGUUUCUUGUAGAUGGUCCUCGGCGAUCUGUCUGCGUCCUUGGAGAGAAGAAGGACUGGGCCAAUGCAGAGAACUGGGAUGUGCGAAAACUUUCAAUGAACGCUCAGCCGGAGGGGGAUUUCGAACAGCCUCCAGAAGGAGCAGCUUUGUCGGCAUAACGUACCCAUGAACAUUGGGUAAUGAGUCUAUCUUAACUCCGAAUGUAUUAUUACUCAUUUCUAGAGGCUAGAGGUGGUUUGAUGAGUCCAGCGAAUUGGUUCCCUGAGCUCUAUACUGGCGAUCUUGGGAUAUUGGUGGAUAUAC